UUGCAUCUCCACUGGCAGCACAGUCACUAUUUUGACGAGUGACUUUAACCCCAAUUUCGGGAUUUGUCAAAAGUAUUCGGAAUUCCGGAGAUUAGAAAUAGAAUAAACGCAUUUCGUUAUUGUUCAAGAUGCGUCGAACCCGGUAGUUUCUGAGUUGUUUGAGUUUUUCCUGGCCUCAGUGCUGAUAAUACAAGAGGGUGAAAAUGGCAGUGAUGGACUUCUUCGGCUGUGCCCUCCUUGCCUUCGGUCCCCCCUUGGCAUUGUUCACAUUUACAGUGUCAGUGGAGCCCAUUAGGAUAAUUAUUCUGAUAGCUAGUGCAUUCUUCUGGUUGAUAUCGCUGCUGCUGUCGUCGAUUCUGUGGUAUGCGGUGGUUCCUUUGCAGAAGCAUCUUGCCUUCGGGCUCGUGUUCUCUGUGCUCUUCCAGGAAGGAUUCAGGUUCCUCCUAUACUGCGUCCUCAGGAAAGCAGAGAAGGGUCUGGAGAAGGUGACGACAGCGCACGUGGCCGACAGUAGGCACAUAUUCGCCUACGUCUGCGGUCUGGGCUUUGGUUUCAUGAGUGGUGCAUUUGCCCUAGUGAAUGUCCUAGCUGACGCUGUUGGUCCUGGGACAAUGGGUCUUCGUCAGGGCAACGAGUACUUCUUCAUUCUAUCAGCAGCCACCACCCUCUGCUUCAUCCUCCUCCACACAUUCUGGGGCGUUAUAUUCUUCUCAGCACUGGAUAGGAAAAACUGGGGACAACUCGCCUGGGUCGUUUGCUCACAUUUAUUCGUAUCCUGCAUGACCUUGCUGAAUAAACUCGAGGUCUGUGGUCCUACUCUUCUGGCAGCGUACGCUGUACUCACCAUGACUGGAGCAUUAGCAUUCAGGAUAGCUGGUGGAAAGUUCCAAAACAUUCCCAUGUGCUUUGCCCGAAAAUAAAGAGCUUGGAGAAGUAGGGAAACCCAGGGUGAAAUGGACACAUCUAGAAUUUGAGAUAUGUCAAUAUUUUUGAAAUAUUGUAUUUCUACCUGCGUUUUAGGGUUCUAGGAGAAAUGUUCUCCGGCAAAAUGUUCCUUAGAAACAUGAAUUCCCCAAAAAACUCCCAAAACUAGCUCCAAAAUUAAAAAUAUCACCCCUCCAUAAGAGUGAAAAGCACGAAAAAUAUAGAAAAUUAAAAAUAAAAGACCUUUAUUCACCACAAUAAGAAACGAAUGAACACUAAAUUGUUAGGACAUGAACACAUCGCACGCUAAAUGGAAAAAGGUCGUAUAAUCCUAAUUUAGGGAAUAUGAAAUCUGGACAACUUGGGCUCUGCAGAAUCAUUUUGACCCAACUUUUGAGGACAAUUUUUUUUGGCGCAUACGACUUUUUUCCACAAAUAUUUCUCCAAUAGUGGA